CUCCACCGUGUUUCCUGUCUUCCACUCUUCCUCCAAAGUUACUCUCCCGCUCUCUCCCUCCCUCCCUCUCCCCUUCCUCUCUCUCUCUCUCCCACUCCUCUCUCCUGUUCGCUCCUGUUGCCACACCACCACCCAACCCAGCGACCACCCUCCAGCCGUUGUCAACGCCAUUUCCGAAAACCCCAGCGACCACAAGGACGCUGCCCACGAUUUAAAUAGGGCCGCAGGAGGGCUAACAAAUAGCCCAAACGAACGCGGACUCCCCAAAGUAAAAUGGACCCAAAAGCAAACCCAAACGCAAUAUCCCAACCACCACCGCCAACGGUCCCGUCGCCGCCGUCGGGGCAGCCGCCGCUUCAUCAGAGCGACGCAGACGAGGAGGACGACAGCGUGAAGCAACUCAAUGAAUGCUCUUCUGUGUACUUGUCAUUGCAGGAUUGUCUUGUGAAUACCAACAGGAAUUGGAAAUCUUGCCAAAAGGAAGUACAAGCAUUGAAGGCAUGCAAUGAGAAGAGGAACAAUGACAAGAGAAAGUGAUAAAUUUUGAGGAAUUACGCCAAGUCUGUGAUACUUGUACCAAAGCCAAUGGGAAAAAAGGCCAGGUCUCCUAUUGAAGUUGUUUGCCAUUUCAAUUACAUAAUGACAAGCUUUCGAUGAAGAAUUUUACGGUUCCAAUUGGACCAUUGAAGAAUUUAUGCAUAGGCUUUUCCGGGACA